CGGGCGAGGAGCGGGAUGCUGGACGCCAUGGAGGUGCCGAGCCACUCGCGGCAGCUCCUGCUGCAGCUGAACACGCAGCGCACCAAGGGCUUCCUGUGCGACGUGAUCAUCGUGGUGCAGAAUGCCCUCUUCCGCGCGCACAAGAACAUCCUGGCGGCCAGCAGCGCCUACCUCAAGUCGCUGGUGGUGCAUGACAACCUGCUCAACCUGGACCAUGAGAUGGUCAGCCCCGGCAUCUUCCGCCUCAUCCUCGACUUCAUCUACACCGGCCGCCUGGGCGAGUGCGAGCCGGGUGGGGAGCAGAGCCUGGGCGCAGUGCUGGCCGCCGCCAGCUACCUCCAGAUCCCUGGCUUGGUGGCCCUUUGCAAGAAGAAACUGAAACGCAGCGGCAAGUACUGCCACCUGCGUGGGGGCUAUGCAUCCUACAAGCUGGGCCGGGGGCUGCGUGCUGCCACUCCGGUCAUCCAGGCCUGCUACUCAGGGACACCGCGGCCCGUGGACCUGCCGCCUGUGGAGCCGGCAGCACCACUGAACACGCAAUGCGGGGAGCUGUAUGCUUCAGCUGCCCAGGGCACCCCGCUGCACCCCCAUGGACUGUGCCCACCUGAGCGCCACUGCUCACCGCCCUGUGGCCUUGACCUCUCCAAGAAGAGCCCCACCGGCCCCUCUGCCCAGCUCCUGCCCACUGACCGCCUCUUGCCCGGUGAGCCCCGUGAGCCCUCUCUGCCCCCACGGCACGACAGCCCCCCCGUCAGCGCCGGACUCUUGGCCAGCCAUGCUGCUGCCUACAAGGACUCCCCACCGGGUGGCGAGCCAGGGGGGCACCCCCAUGUCCCUGACCCCUUCCGCAGCACGCCUCCUUGCACUGAGCCCCCACUGCCCCGUGCUGAUGGGCGUGAACUGAUGUACCGCUGGAUGAAGCAUGAGCCUCUGGGCCCUUACUUGGAUGAAGGAGACCCAGAGAAGGACCUGGAGCGGGAGGAAAAGGCUGAGUCACCGCCUGCAGCACCACAGCCCCGCUAUCCUAGCGUGGAGAGCAAUGACCUGGAGCCCGAUAACAGCACGAGUGAGGAAACAGGCAGCAGUGAGGGUCCCUCGCCUGGUGACGCGCUGGACCGCUACUGCAACCACCUGGGCUAUGAGCCGGAGAGCCUGGGCGACAACCUAUACGUUUGCAUUCCCUGUGGCAAGGGCUUCCCCAGCUCUGAGCAGCUCAAUGCCCAUGUGGAGGCCCACAAUGAAGAGGAGCUCUAUCACAAGGCAGCGGCCGAGCAGGCCGUUCCCUUCCUGGACAAAGGUGGCCCUGGGCUGGGUGACAUCCUGCGGCCCUACCGCUGUUCAUCUUGCGAUAAGUCCUACAAGGAUCCGGCCACACUCCGGCAGCACGAGAAGACGCACUGGCUGACGCGCCCCUACCCCUGCACCAUCUGUGGCAAGAAGUUCACGCAGCGCGGCACCAUGACCCGCCACAUGCGCAGCCACCUCGGUCUCAAGCCCUUCGCCUGUGACGCCUGCGGGAUGCGCUUCACCCGCCAGUACCGCCUGACCGAGCACAUGCGCAUCCACUCGGGCGAGAAGCCCUACGAGUGCCAGGUGUGUGGCGGGAAGUUCGCCCAGCAGCGCAACCUCAUCAGCCACAUGAAGAUGCAUGCGGCUGGCCCUGACGGCAAAGCCAAGCUGGACUUCCCUGACAGCGUCUACGCCAUGGCCCGGCUCACCGCCGACCAGCUGGGGCUCAAGCAGGAGAAGGCGGCUGAGCUGCUCUCCCACACCUCACACUUCCUCAGCGACCCCAAGGCCAUGGAGAGCCUGUACCCGCUGGCCAAGUUCACGGCCGAGCACCUGGGCCUGAGCCAGGACAAAGCGGCCGAGGUGUUGGCGCAGGCUCCACACCUUCAUGCCGAGGCCGCCCGGACCAUAGAGCGAUACUCGCCCCCCUAG